CCCUUCGCCACCGCCCGCCAGACCCAUCCUCGUCCCUGGCUCCCGGCGCCGCCCACCCCCCAUCUCCUCCUGCGAUCCUGGCAUCGCCUCGCCCCACCUUCUCCCUCACUCCCGGCGCCACCCCGCCCCCACCUUCUCCCUCACCACUGGCGCCGCCCAACCCCCAACCUCCAUGGAUCCUGGCACUGCCCUGUCCCCACCUCCUCCCUCGCUUCUGGCCGCCCAUGCCGCCUAUGCGCGCCCCUCCCUCAGCCCACCGACGACCUCCCAUCCUCCACCGUCUACCCCACCAUCGGAUCUCCUCCUCCCCUCUCCUUCUCUCCCUCGCGAACGCGUCAAACCCACGAAAUUUCCCUCCUCGCGGCCGGAACCCUAGCUCGCGCCUGUGGGUACUGGGCUGGAGGUGUGGCACGGGAUUCGCACCGCAGGAUUCACCAGCGACGAGUCCAACAGGUCGCCGAAUCGGGGAACGGGAUGGCGCACCCUGCUGCAGCCGCCGGUCGGGACGAGCGCGGCGGCGACGAACGUCAGUGCGCCUCCGUUUCCUCGACCUCCAAGGACGCGGGCGCCGGAUUUGUUCUCGCCUGACCAGCCUCGGUAUCCAGCUCCCUACAGCCACCGCCGGCAUCGAGUCCCAAGCAAGCGCGGAUGACGACGCCGCCAAAGAUGACGAGGCCCCGAGCUCGAGCACGACCACUACGACGCACUACACAAAGGCCCCUGCUUCUUGCCUGCCCUUCCCUUUGCUUGGGUUGAGUCCAAGCACAAUAGGCGAGAAGACGACGGUGACGCAGAGGAGGACGAGGACCCGCGCUCCAGCCCGACCACGACUAUGCACCGCACGGUCCCUGCUUCCUGGCUGUCGCCAAUUGCCCCCUUCCCUUUACAGUACUACUCUAUUUGUUUUCAUUGCUUUUCACCCAGUUUUGCACACUUUCUGGCCCUUCACUUUUUUGUGUGCAAAUGUUCUGAUCGCCUCCAUAUGGCUGUUUCCGUCCUCCUGCUCAUGCUGUCUCCAUCCUCCUGCUCAAGUAGUCGCGGUCGCCUCCCAUCCUUCAUGGCCUGCGUGUGUGCGCCCACUGUUGGAGGACGACGUUGAACAUGAAGCGGAGCCCAGCCGGAGCAGUCUGACGCGGUGGUCGUGGCCAAGGGGUGGUGGUCGAUGCCAUGGAGCAGGGCCCCUCGGUCGCUUGCACACCGGCUGCGUUCUGGACUAAUGCUUUCUGCAACUGCAAUGUUCCCCUCCACAUUGUAUCUUGUGUAGGCAGAAGGAAUGCAGCUCAGCGACGGCGUCGACUCCAACUGGAUCGAUGGCCUGAAGGCUUUUACUAAGAAGAUGAAGAAUGUUGUAGAAUAGUGUCCAUCAACAAAGAGUCCUACUACUACCGGUUGGAGAGGCUCUAUCCUCAGGUGAUUGAUUACUUAAGAAGUAUACUGAAUUAUGAUAUCCAUCGAUCUAAUUUUGUAUAGGAAUUUUUAAAAACUAAAGAAUCUGUGGUACAUGAUUUAAUUUACUCAUUUAGAUUUUAGUAAAUUGUGAACGGAAGUUUUUUUCACAAAACCAAUGCACCACCCUUUCUACACACAUCAUUCAUGGAUUGGCAGACUAAAGGUUCUAUUCAACAUCUUUGGUGGAUUGCAUAAAUGGGCUAGAGUAAAAAUAUACCAGAAUUGUUAUAUGUGCUUAGGGAAGUGGGAUUAGAUCAAGAUUUUUUUGACAAAAUGAGAAAUCAAUGGCUCAAGGAGAGUAAGCCCAAAGAGAUAAGUAUUGUUUUCCUUUAGUAGCUUGCCGCAUAAUUCAUUCAAACAUAUUUAGAGUGGAGCAGGAAUAUUCAAACAAGGAAAUGUGCACAAUAUCUGUUAGUAUACAUGUGACACUUUCCCCUCUUUCGACUAAUGAUUGCCUCCUGCCGGGUAUCACUAAUAGCACAUUCAUCACAUCAUUUGGGUAGCUCAUUCUGGUGUAAGUCGGGCCAAUUUAGAAAAGAUUUUAAAGCAGAUUCAUACAGGUUAUAGAAGUCAGAGUCAAAUAGUAUAAUAAGUGAUUUGUUUGUGCAUAAUUUCUAAUUGAUCGUCUUCUAAGGAUAAAUGGAACCGCUACCUUUCCUCUCUCCAAUAAACUAUUAGACCCUGGUUGUAACUAUUUUCAUCUUGGUGUGAUUUAUAAGGGAGGCCAUGCCAUUAGUUUUUUGUUAUUACAUGCUGUGAUGACCCCGAUUCAUUGAUGUAUAGUGUCGUAUGUGGUCAAUUACCUAAUAUGGUAGUUACACUUCUCCUGGUUUGCCUUGGUCUAAAAUCUGACUUUUGGACUGAUUGUAGUCAAUCUGAAUUAGUGAGGUUCUUUUUUCCAACUGUCCAUGUUCAGUUCUCUACAUUAUCAUGCAUUUUCUUUGGUUUAAAGAUGUCAUGAUGUUCACCAAGGCAGAGAAGAAAUGUUUUAAAGUUGUCCCUUCAAUUGAAACAAGUAUGACUUGGUCCUUAGUGCCUAUGCAAACAUGAAAACGGAAGGUCGAGAGGUUUAAAUAUGUCAUGAUGUUUACAAUUGCGGAUAUCCUGCUUCAGGUACUUGCCUGAUAACUCACAAUUUCAACACAGAAGUUACUAAUCUGUAAGACAUGCCCUCUCUCAUUCAAUGAUGUCCUGAAAUUUUCACACAAAGCUUUGUAAUCUUGCCAAGUAACAAGAGAGCCAAGUAAUCAUGCGAAUUUUCAGAGAACUUCAAGUGGCAUGCCACCAUUUGCAAUGGUCGUGAUGUAGUGAUAAUUAAUAAACUGCAGGCCUUCUAAAUAUUCUAAAGUUGCAUAUCUAAGAGCAUAUUAUAUUUCUCAUAAACAACUGGAGUUAAGCUUCUAUCCUCUUCCUGUCUUAAAGGAAUUAUCUGUUGAGUAAGCUAUAGUCUCUUUGUUUGACUAGCUAGGCUGUGUUACAUACAUGUAUAAGAUGAUGCUUCUGUGGCUAUAACUGGUGCCUGCCGUGCUAAAUAGGAAGCACCCUAUUAAUUACCCACCUCAAUUUCAUUAGUGCAUUCGGCCUGUGAAUUUUACCCCAGACUAUAAAUCCCCUCCAAACGAAACCCUAUAGGUGUACUAUGACUCUUAAUAGUGUAUCCUUGUAAAAGUCAGUGUGUUGGGUUAUUUUUUUGGUGUGGUUAGAGAACUCGACUCCAUUUGGAACGAGGGUUUGAGUUUUAUUUUUCCUAAACCUUUGAAAGGCAGAGCCAUGGAAUUAUUUUGUGCUCUCAUUCCUCUGGAUGGAAGCUCUAACUUUUCCUCUUUGUUUCCAAUAAGCUACUUUCUUCGAGAUUGUGCAAUGAAGGAUUUUGAUGGUAAGGGAUCGUAGAGCCUCGGGUGACUAGCAUUAAGAUAGGAAGGCUAUUGCCGCCCUUGUCCCUUGCUGCUGGGUUGCCACAGUGGCGUCAAUCACUGGCUUAUUUAGAACAAUAGUUAGUGGAUUUUGUGAUAAGGGUGAGGGCCGAGAGUGAGAGGGACGGGGUUGGGAUUGUUCUGUUGUAUGCGUGAAAUUAUUUCCCUACUUUAGAAAAUAUGGCAAAUUGCAUUUCAUUAGAGAUUGAUUUACAGCAAAUUGCAUGAGCGAGUGGUUCAUGCAUUUUUCAUCAAGUUGUACAUUUUCUUGGUUACGACAUAAGGGUAAAUGUACUGGUUGGUUGCUUCAAGACUUAAUAACAGACACUAUGACAAUGGCUCAAGAGAUAUCAGAUCUACCUUCUUGGAUGGGGGCGUUAUGGGUGGCGCACGCCUCGGCCCCCUUGAUGGCCGUGGUGGAUGGACAUGAACACGAGGGGGGAUCAGGGCGGAGAGCAGGGUGGUUGGCGGGGGACUCAUCCUUGGCAGUUCAUGGGAAAGUAUGGUGUGAAGCAGAGGGGGCGCCAUGGCGAAGUGUGAAAGGAGGAAAAUGAUCACCGGAAAGCAGGUAGAUCUACACCUUGAGAGAUGGCAUUUUGCGGUACAUUGUUUAGGUAUUUGGAUAUCUAUUAUCAUUCAAGAUAUCUUAAGGAGAAAUUUGGUUUUUGAUGAACUGAAACAAUAUACCAAUAAAAAUUUAGCGCUUGGCUGUACAUAUGAAUGUUAACUUUGUUAAAAUAAUUCUCCCUUUAUAAGAGAAGAUUUCUUAGUUCAAAUAUAUUUUUUGAAAAAAUAUAGUAUUUUCCUGACAAUCCUUUUGAUUCUAAAACAUCCAUAUCUCAGAAGGAUAAUAGUGGUGUGUUUAUGUUGCUUUGGGUCUCUUAUCACUCGGAUCAUUCAUCAGAAAAAUAUUUCAAAAAUAAUUCUAUUUUGACGUUUCCUUUGUGUUCAUUGUUCCAUCAUAGUAGUUUAGGUUCACAUCAAACCAGACCAUAUGUUUCAGUUUCACUCUUUGGACCAUGAUGGUGGUGUGCAAGGUGGGCUAGAUCGUAAUACUAAAAGAAUCAAUGGAGGUUAUUGGAUAGCUUUUAGAUUCUCCAAAAAAUAAUCUAGCAGAUGGAUGAUCCUAUUAUCACGUAUGGUGGUGGUGUGCAAGGAAAUGAAGCAGCAUGAUGGUAGCUACUGAUGUUAUUUUCACAUGUAAUUCCUGCGGAGUGUAGUAUAUUGGGAGCCAAGGCCGAGUAGCAAGCCAUGUGUCACCGCAAGGACAGGAGCGAGAUUUAAUUAAUUGUAUUUGCAAGAUUUGGUCUUCCCUUCUUGUUUUCCUGGUCAUCUCACAGGUCAUUAGUGGUCACUUGGGAUGAGUGCGAUCUGUAGCAUUUGAUCCAGGGAACAAAUGGUUUUGUCCUGGUUUUGCUGAUAGGACAAUAACGGCAAGGAAGAAGGUUGCAGAGCACGGAUGGAUGUGAAAAGGAAGAGGAUGGAUGAGAGAGGAGAGAAGAGGGGUGAAAGAGGAUACAGAUGGAAAGAGGGAGAAGGACAGGGUGGAGGCGCUUCUUGAGGAUUAUUGUCGACUGAUUUCAUACUCUCUUAUAAAUUCAUGGUUAGCUAGGUAAACCUUUUGUACAACAACUCUUGUUCAUAAGGAAGUUUGAUUUUUCGGCUUCUUAUUUUAGGUCAAUAUCAAGAACAGUUUAGUUAAUUUAGUUUAAUGUUUAUGUUUGAAAUUGACUUUUACCAUUCUGGUUGAAUGGGGAUGUGGAUAGAAGAGAUUGCGAGUCGGGUACGGUGAUGCCAACAUUGUAUUAGGGGCAGAUAGAUUUAAGUUCCGUCUUAUGUGCAUGAGGAUAGGAUCACUAUUAAAUCAUCAGAAUAAGUCUGCUCCUAUUGCAACGCACCCACAAUGGGAGAAAUGUGAUGUCCAUGUGAGUAU